UUUUCUUUUGAGCUGUUUUGUACUUGAAAGCAAUUUAAACCAUUUUAACUUUUAAAUGUUUGUAGUUGCAUGAUUCAUGCACAAUUUUGUUUUUUCUUUUUUUAAUUACAGAAAUGUAGAUGAAACCACAUGGAAUCGAUGGAAAUGUCUUUUUGAUUUCAUUCUGCAGGCACAUCCCAGGCAUUAAAAAACAAGUGGAAAUCAUUAAAGCACUGAGUUUAAACUAUUAUAAGAAAUUCUUUACUAUUAAGUUGUGAAAUAUCAAAAAAAAAAAAAAAAAACCCUCCAGUAUACGGUAAUUCAUAAUUUAAAUAAUAUAUUUUAAAUAAAAACAUUGAUGUGUAUGUGCACAUCAAAGUUUACAAAAAGUUGUUAUUCUUAUAAAUGGAUACCCUCGUUUGCCUCCUUGGCUGUUUCUAUAAUUAAAUGCAGUGUUUGGAGGAAACACUGAAAUGCGAGACUUAGUGUUAAUCUCACAUUCACGAGUGAUGUAAUGUCUCAUUCCUGCACGAGAGACCACGGGCAUUUCUAGUAUUUUUAAGCGGUCAGUCAGGCAGAGGACGCGUCGUGGGAUCUCAAAUAAAUAUGAAGCACACAUUUCGAUCUCCUCACUACACACCGAACUACUGACUUCAAUUCUACACAACGUCAGGCAAUGGACUUCCCUUUCUAACGCAGAAUGGAUAUGUUUGCGAGUGAUCAGAAGAUGUUGGUGGGGCCACUGCCAGCAGGAAAGGGUGCAGCAUGUCUGACAUGUAAAGGGAUCUGCUCUGGAUUCCAGCCACAUUCCUGGAGAAAAGCUUGCAUACAGUGCCACUGCAGUCAGGAGGAGCAUGUGUCCAGCUCUGACAGCGAAGACGACCGCAAGGUGGGAAGAUUGCUGGCAGAGUCCCACUAUGCCCAUCUCACAGCUAAGGUUAAGGGAGGAGACGGCAUGAGGGUCUAUAAACGCAACCGCAUGAUUGUCACCAACCCAGUGGUCUCCCGUAAAGACCCAACAUUUAGCACAGUCACCUAUGACUGGGUCCCACCAGGCCUCACCCAGAAACUGGCGAUGCAGUACAUGGAGCUUCUCCCUGAAGAAAGGCGACCCGUGGCUGGCACAGAAGGAUCGUUAUAUCGCCACAGGCAACUGAUAAGACAGCUACCUUCCUAUGAUCAUGACCCUGCAUACUGCCAUAGCCUGUCUGAGGUGGAGUUGAAAGCUAUGGCUCAGUUUGUGAAAUCCUAUAAGAAGGAAUCCUUAGGAGUAGGAGAAGUUGCCCUGCCUGGAGAAAAAGGUACAGCUGAGAAGAAUGAAAAGGCCCCCCAGGAAAAGCCAGAUGACGAGACGACCACUAAUGGAACAGCACAGUCUCCUCUCAGCAAAAAGAGUGAAUAUCAUUGCAGUGGCUGUGGACAACUGGCCGUUCUGGACAGUCCUGUGGUGUAUGCUGACAGGGCCGGGUACACGAGACUGUGGCAUCCCACCUGCUUUGUGUGUUGUGAGUGUGGUGAGGCUCUGGUGGACCUGAUUUACUUUUGGAAGGAAGGAACCCUGAUGUGUGGACGCCAUUACUGCCAGAGCAUCAGACCUCGCUGCCUGGGCUGUGAUGAGCUGAUCUUCUCAGAAAUGUUUCUUCAGGAGGCCAAUGGUCACGUCUGGCAUAAGGAACACUUUUGCUGUUGGCUGUGUGGGCAGAGUAUCAGAGUUCAGUGUGGCUGUGACAAACGGCAAUCAAAAUAGUUCACAAAACAGUCAAAUACGCCAGAAUAUAACGUUAAAAUGGCACCCUGGUAAAUAGGCAAAGAACACUUACAUCCAACAUUUAAAAACCCUGCGACUGUCAUCAAUAUCAUAAAAAUCACAAAAUAUAUAUUUAAUAUUAUAAUAUUUAAUAUUUGUCAAAUAUUAAAAGUCUAGAACCUAUUAAAGGGGUCAUGAAUUGAGAAAUCAAAUCUUUUUACAUAUAAUUGUGCUAUAAAAACAUACUGUAUGUUUCAGAACUCAACAGAUUUUUUGGAAAACAAACUGCCGCUUCCAGGUUUUAUUACAAAAUAGAGAUGCACAAGACUGCCUGAACACAAAGAUCAACCCCUGCUUCUUCAUCAUCUCCUCUUUGACCAACCCACUGGCACGUUACAUAGACAGAAAGAAGAACUACUACAACAAAAAUAACAUUACCUUCCAAAGGAUUUUAAUGAUUGGAAAGUGGCUGUUUAUUUUCAACUAUGUGAAUGUCUCAGCAGAGCGUUGGCAUCAGUGAGCAGUGGUUCUCAAACCUGUCCUGGAGUACCCCCAGCCCUGCACAUUUUGUAUGUCUCCCUCAUUUAUCACACCUGAUUCAACUCAUGAGCUCAUUAGUAGAGACUGCAAGACCUGAAGUGGGUGUGUCAGAUAUAGGGAGACAUACAAAAUGUGCAGGGCUGGGGGUAAUCUAGGACAGGUUUGAGAACCACUGAGUUAGAGCAUUGUUUGUUCAGUUAAUUUCACUGUGGAUUCUUUUGUAAAUGAGUUUGACACAGGCUUUGCAGACAGACUUUACGGAAAGAUUUGGACCCAACAGUAAUGCGGCAACAUGUAAGUUAAUUCUAAUGUCUAAUCUGCGAUCAGUGAUUUUUGAUCUCAGACUCACGUUUAGUCAGACGUUUGUAGCAGAAUCAGUUAUUCCUGUUAAUAUGUCGGUAAAUGAAGCCAGAAACGCCAAAACUCCAGUUAUAAUCAAUGACGCUUGUCUACACUGCCUAAUAAAUCUCAUUUACAUUGUUUGCACCUGUGUAAUUAUGAUGACAGCAUUUCAUGAAAAUGCAGAAAUCGCAUUACAUUUGGCGAGAUUGUUGCAUUUGUGCGCUCAACAGACUUGACUGUGAUUGGCUACAAUACUCAGUACCGCAACCUUUUAUGCAAUAGGAGUAGAUCUAAAUAUAAUGCUAAUCAACACGUUUCAUUAUUAGUUAUUUCUGCAGCUGUAAUAGUAAAACAUAGUUAAAGUUUUCAAAAGAGUUCCACAUAUAUAAUACUUAUUAUAUAUGCAAAGAUGUUAUCCAAUCAUAGCAGUGGGCAUUUACAUUAAAGGCUUAAAGUCCCCCUGUAGUCAAUAAUUUUAUCCCUUAAAACUCAUCUUUGAUCACCAAAAUUACAUAUUUAAAUGUUUUUUUUCCUGUGAUUUUUUUUUUUAAUGCCUUAAAAUAGCUUGAAUGUAACUCUACACCCUUGCCUCGUUUAAUAUACACAGAUCUAUGAAUAUGAUAAUUAGCCCCGCCUCCACUCACUCGCACAAGUUCAGAUGAGAUCCACUCGGUCAACUUACUGAGGUAACCUGCACAAUGGUAUCGCUUUUUACAAUGUCGGACACAGUGUUUUUAGUGUUUUGCUUGACUGCGUUAUCAAACAGCUUAUAAUGUGUUGCUAAUGUAAAACCAUGUUCACAUUCACAAGUCAGACAGCUGCCUUCUAACAAUCAGUAUCCUUAGAAAUGCUUUGAACAACUCAGAACGUCAGUGAAGAUAGGCAUAUAGUUCAUCAUAACAUCGUAAUAUACAUCACACACCUGCCAUAUUGCUAAAUCUACACGAUUUUCCAUAUCAACAGAAAAAUAUACUGGGAUAACCUUCUUUUGAGAUUCCCUUGCAGUUAAUGAUAUGCUAAAGCCCGCCGGAACAUUGACGUGAUUGGUUACAGGGUAGUUUGUGAUGUCAGAAACACCAGCGAUUCCAAACCGCGGGUUUGAGACUUCCUUUGGUUUAUUGCAGUUUUAAAGAGAAAAUACUCAGCAAUGGUGUUGACAUAUUUUAGCCCUCUUAAAUAAGAGGGCUAAAAUGAGGGUAGAAAAUUGCCCUUUAUUUUUAAAUGAUGACUUAAUUAUAACUUAUUUGAUGUAAAAAUCCUACUAACAUUAUAAGUGCACCUCAGGAAACAAAAUAAUAAUUUAAAAAAAUACUGGUCAUGACCCCUUUAACAGUACUAAUCUACAAACAUUAAUAGCUAGAGAUACAUUAAUAACUGACAAAGACAGUAUGAAUAUUUUUAUUGUCUCAAGCACUCAGAGAUCUCUGAUCACUCUUUUUCAGUUGGUUAUGUGGAGGAUUAAUAUGUUUAUGAAGAGAUUGUGAUAUAAUAGAUCUUUUUUAAAAACUGACAAAAAUAUUUAUAUCAACUUGCACUUAGGGGUGUGUCCAAUCAAAUUCUCACUAGAAUGACAACUCAUUCUCACUCCCAAGGCAUCUGAUACUGCCACAUGUCUGAGAGCUCUGCUCAUCACUAUACAGCUGAAAGCGCUGAAGUUGGCAACCCACUGCUUUCAAUGAGAAACCUUUUGUGUUAGUGUACUGACACAAAGGGCAGCAAUAAUUUUGAUUAUUAAGUUAGUUUUUCAAAAUAUAUAAUUUCAAUGUCCAUGGCUAGCAUUAGGCUGCCUUCCAUGGCUAGCAUUUGGCUAUUUUUCUACAAAGAUAAUAUGCAUCAGAAUACCAUAGAGUUUGAUGGGGAUGGGGAUGCAUACUCACUGAUGUCAACUACAAAUCCCCAUAUUUAAGCUGAUACAUCUUCUUAUUUUGAUAUCCAAACUAUGUAUAUUGAUAUGGUUACUUGCAUUUUAUUAUUUGCAUUUAGUAUUAUUAUGAUUAGAAUAAUGGCAUUUCAGUGAUACAUUAAAGAUUAGAUUUCGAGAAUACAGCCGUAAUGUUUGGUGCUCGCACUACUUCGGACAAGAAGAACAAAUGGAUUUGCCACGGUUGCUUUGUCUAGUGUGGACAGUUUCCAGCUGUUGUGGCAUGAUGUGACAUAACAACGGUCACAUCCGGUGUAGACACGGUGUAUAUCAAACAUGACAUAAUUUUAUUGUAUAAUUUUCUCACAACAAGUUUUCAAAACACUGAUGAUGGUUUUAAGGACCAUUUCACCUCAAUUCACAAAUCAUGAAAGAUAUUGUUUGCAUGUCUAUGACAGCAUACUGCAGAUUUAUAGCUCAAAGAAAUCUGGAUUUAAAAUGGCAAAUCUCUACUGUAGUACUGUAUGACUUCUGGUCACACCCUUAAUUUUAAUAUUGUGAUUUUUUUUUUCCCCCUCAAAAAGGUCUGUUUUAUUCAUGUUAUUAUUUUAGGACUUUAAUAUUUUCUGACCAUAUUUCCAAACAUUACACAUUUAUUCUCAUAACAUGAUUUUUUUUUUCCUGCAGAUUUAUGUUCCAACUAGGGCUGGGCGAUAAACAAUAUCAUAUCGAGAUUGCAAUAAAAUGUAUGUCGAUAAUGACGAUAACAACACAGAAAUAAACGUGAUGGAUCCGGCGAGGGAAAUGAAAGCGAAACCAAACUUGCGUUAAACUCCAAAGCUUAAAGUGAUAGUGAAAGUGACAUGUGAAGGCCAAAUGUGGUAACCAAUACUUGGAGUUUGUCCUCUGCAUUUAACCCACCCAAGUUAGUUCACACACAUUAGGAGUAGCGAAUAGUGAACACACACACACUGCAAACUGUGGACACACACCUGGAGUAGUGGGCAGCCAUUUUGCUGUGGCGCCCGGGUUUAGGUGCCUUGCUCAAGGGCACCUCAGUCAUUUUCCUGCCAGUAUUGAGAAUCAAACCCGCAAUCUUCAGGUUACCAAUCUGACUCUCUAACCAUUAGGCCAUGACUAUCACAAAACUGAGGAAAUUGUUGGAAAAAAAGGUAACAUGACAUCAAUUAUAUGGAAGUGGUUUGGGUUUCUUAAACGCGACGAAGCGUAGAUUAAGGAGCGGUCGACACAAAACACGUUUUUGCGGUUAAAAUGAGAUGAUAGUCAGUAGAACAAAAAAAAACAAAAAAACACAGACCUAGUGCAAACAUAUCCACACCGCUGUCAUUUUUGUGUGUUUAUUCUGUUAUUGAGAGGAAAGUGCACAGCACAUACUUACAUAUUCAUCUAAACGUCGCUCUCAGCAGCGUGGGUGGUGAUCCUGUUGAUACAGGGCCUGUCCAAAUACAAAUACUUGUGGUUUUUCCAUUGACCACUUGCUAACUUACAUGACGUGUUUCCGGAGUUUGGCCGAAGUGUUCAAGUGGGCGUGAAGACCGCAAGUGUUUUAAGGUUUUACAUCACUGCAUGAUUGUGGUGCUUCAUUUUCAAACAUUUUACAAAUAUCUAUAAUCUCUGCACGAAUAAAAUGUGCAAAGUUUUACAAACAAAUUAUAUCUAAAUUAUAUGUAUCUAAUUUAACUUGCACUGGAAAGUUUUACUAGACAUGACGUGAGGUUGGGACAGUCUUGCACACUUCCUGUAAGUGUGAAUUAUGUUAUGAUAUUCUAUUGUUAAUAAACUAUAUUCUAAAAUUUAAUUAAUGAACCUUCUGGUUUCUCCAGGCUUGAGUUUUUGCAUACUCUUCAAGCUGGCAGCAUUAUCGAUUUAAAUAUCAUGAUAAAUAGUCUAUCGAUACUGUCAAUAUGGAAAAGAAUAUUGUGAUCAUAUUUUUGCCAUAUCGCUCAGCCCUAGUUCUAACACACCAGCCUGUUAUUUCAAGUAACCUUGAUUAGCUGGUUUAGUUGUGUUUGAUUGGGUUUGGUAGCUCCCGGCUAGAGACCCCUGAUGUAGCUAUUGUGUAUGCUUACAUACUGUAGUCAAUGACUCAUUAAAGAGCAAUUAGAGUGAAGGCCAGUGGCUAACCUGGAAGAGAGAUUUUUUGGAAAAUACUUCUUUUCAGGUGUCUAAUUUGGAAAUUACAGUUACCAUACAAACUGGAAUGUAAACAUUUGUAUCUCAGUUUAACAAAUACAGUUCUGCUCAUAAGUUUACAUACCCUGUGCAGAAUAUGUAAGAUGUUAUUGCAUGUUUUUUUUUUUGUAUUUAGAAUGUCCUGAAUAAGCUGUUCACAUAACAGAUGUUUACAUAUAGUCCACAAGACAAAAUAAUAGCUGAAUUUAUAAAAAACGACCCGGUUCAGAAUUUUACACACCCUUGAAUCUUAAGACUUUGUGUGGCUACUGUUUUUAUGUUUUGUGAUAGAUGUUCAUGAGUCCCUUGUUUGUCCUGAGCAGUUAAUCUGAGCAGUGUUGUACAGAAAAAUCCUUCAGGUCCUGCACAUUCUUUGCUUUUCUGCAUCUUCUGCAUAUAUAUAUAUAUAUAUAUAUAUAUAUAUAUAUAUAUAUGUAUAUAUAUAAUAUACAUACACUGCCCUUCAGAAGUUAUACAAGAUAUUUACACGUUUCCCGAAGACAAAAUAAGUACAAUUUACCCCGAUCAUCCAAUUCUGGCUCUUAAUGCAUAUUCUUCAAGGGGUAUGUAAACUUAUGAGCAGAACUGUAGAUCUUUUAAAGGGUUCAAAUUGCACAAUUUAAACUUCUCACAGUUUUAAUGUCUUUUGUCUGAAAGUGUAAUCAGCAGUGGCUACAUUUGUGUAGGUAUUUAGUCAGUUUGCUUGUUUGCUUGUUAAAUCUAUGGGGAAUAAAAACUGGUUUAAAAAUA